AUGACUCGGGAGGAGGCUGGGAGGCUGCCCCAAGUACUGGCCCGGAUCGGGGCCUCCCACGACAUCACCGACCUGGCCUGCAAGCUCCGCUUCUAUGACAGCUGGGCUCCGGAGUACGACCAGGAUGUGGCUGCUUUGAAGUACAAAGAACCCUGCCUUGCUGUGGAAUGUCUCAGUGGAGCCCCUCUGGGCCCACCCCAUGAUGCCCUGAUCCUGGAUGUGGCCUGUGGCACCGGCCUGGUGGCUGUGGAGACUCCCCGUGCAGGGACCUUUGAUGCUGUGAUCAUAGUGGGAAACCUGAGAGAGGGACAGGUGCCCUGCAGUGCCAUUCCUGAGCUCUUAAGAGUCACCAAGCCCGGUGGACUAGUAUGUCUGACUACCAGGAGCAACCUAUCCAACCUUCCCUACAAGGAGGUGCUGGAAGCAACCUUAGACUCUCUGGAGCAGGCUGGAGCAUGGGAAUGCCUGGUGGCCAAGCCUGUGGAGCACUGGGAACUGGCUACCUCAGAACACAAGACGGGCCUGGGCAACUGUGCCAACGAUGGCUUCAUCUCCGGCAUUGUCUACCUUUACCGGAAGCAGGAGAGAGGCCAGGGACACUGACACAAGAGGCCCAGUGUCCAGGCCCCAGUUGACCCCUGAUCCUCUGUGUGUGGUCCUGGCUGAUCCUCUUGGCCUUCUCUUCUCUGUAGAAUUGGGUCCAUCUUGUUGGGAGGCCCUGCUGGUUGCAGGUUGCAGUCUACCAAUGAC